AUGGGUCGAAGAAAGAUCGAGAUCAAGGCCAUAAAGGAUGACCGCAACCGUUCGGUGACCUUUCUCAAGCGAAAGGGCGGUUUAUUCAAGAAGGCGCACGAGCUCUCCGUCUUGUGUUCCGUCGAUGUUGCCGUCUUCAUCUUCGGCAACAAUAAGAAGCUAUACGAAUACUCUUCAGCAGAUAUGCAGCAUCUCAUCACCAGAUACCAAUAUCACGGUGGUCCCAACGAACACAAGGGGCCUUCCGACUUCAAUGGAGGUCAGAAUGACGAUGAUGACGAUGAGGAUGGAGAUGGAACACCUCCUCGAGGCUCCGAAGGGAUGGACAGCUCGCACAUGAUGCCACCUCAUUUCCAGGGCCAGGCCCCUCCACCUUUCCCCCAUAUUCGCCAUCAGACAGCAUCGGUGUCGCCUCCCAUUCCGAACGGUGUGCCUUUCCAAGGUCAUCCUGCUCAUCUUCAGCGAAGCCACACGCCACAACCCGCCGUGCCAUCACGGCCCGGUUCGAGAGGAGACAUGCGCCGCAUGGGCCCUGGCAUGAUGUCCCAACCCGUUGGACCUCACGGACCUCAUCCGGGUAUCACUUAUAUGCCCACGCCACCCAUCUACAAUCCAUCUGCUAGCAACCAGUCCAGCCUUAUGCCGCCUCAACCUGGCCCUUAUCCUUUCCAACCUCCACAACAGCAGCCGCCUGCUCAUCCGCCGCCCCAGCCGAUGGCACCGGCACGUCGUCACCUGGACCCGCAGCCUCCUCCACCCGUCGAGCCAAGGACAGAGUCCGCAGAGAGGCCUAGGGCGCCACUCAUCAACACAGAUACGGCUAUCAAGAAGAUGUCGCAGCGCAAAUCCCACAGCAUCUUUACACCAAUCGAGGAAAACAGAUCCAUCUUAUCCCAACAUUUAGCCUCCUUUGCCUCUGAGCCUCAGCCCAUGAAGAAUGAGGCUGGAAUCUCGGCUCCAGCGAACCCGAAUCGGUCCCAGUCGGCAGACACCGGGGCUACCGUUCGAAAUGGAGAAACAGCUUCGCCACAUCUGCAACAACGAUCCAGCUUGCGUAAUACGUCGGUGUCCUCCCUUCCCGAUACACCUACAACCAGUCUGAAGAUCAACACGGCUGUAGGAGGCACAAGGCCAAAGCCACCUCGCCUAACAGUGCAAAUCCCUGACGGCGGAUCUGAAGCUGGUAGUGCAACGGGAGACUCAAACUCGCCUCGGAACGCGACGGAUGCUGCAUCUCACGCGCCGCAUCGCGGCAGCGUGGUCCUCCCUCCUCCUUCUCCGUCUGGGUCUGGGCCACAAUCAAUCUUGUCCGCAGGGGCCAUAGGACCUCCCAAUCCUUUUGCUCGGCCGGUACCUCAACAGAACGUCAAUGGCGACACGCCCGUUUCGGCCCUUCCCUCUCGGUUCCUGAACAAUGAGCUGCUGCCAAGCCCCAGCAGUUUCUAUCCAGAGUGGAAUUUCAGAGGCAGUGAUAACAACACGCUGCCCAGCCCUCUCAACUUUGCCACCCCCGUGGUGGGCACCGGGCCCAGCUUCCUCCGGGAGGAUAACCAUUUGUUGAGUACCAGCAGUGGGAACGCUGGCACCGGCACAGGAGGCGGAUCAGGCUUGGCAAAACGAAAGAGUCCAGAUCUUGACGCGACUGGACAUGAUGAGAACCACGAAACGGCUAGCGAUCCCAAGCGCCUGAAAGUGGAACGAUAG